AUGGCAGAAGAAAAUUACGCUACCCAGGACGGUACGUUCGAUGACAACGGUCCACAAGAGGGGUCUUCCUGUUCUCCGGCCGACAGCCAGCUCCAUGAAGAGGAGGCUCAUUUGAGAGAUUCUAUUGUAGAUGCAAAUGCGUCGAAAAUUGAGGGAAAUGAUCACUUCAGGGCCCAGCGGUGGGAUGAGGCACUCGUAGCGUAUAGGUUCGCUUUGGGAAGGCUACCGAAACGAAAUCCAAGGACACAGAAGGGUAGUGGUGUUGGUGAUAAAGGGAAGGAGAGGGAAGACCCUCUUGACGACGACGAUGGCUUCGAUACUCCUGGUAAGCCUGCAGAUCCACCAAAGGAGGAUGAGUUUGUCGAGCCUCAACCACCGAGCGGCUUGGAGCUUGAGUGCGCGAAAGCUCGAUCCGUCAUAAACGCAAAUAUCGGUGCGUGUUAUGUCAAGCUUGGUGACCACAAGGAAGCCGUGGCAGCAUCAUUAAUUGACGAUCCCCAAUACAUCAAGGCGUUGCAGAGAAGAGCCGCAUCGAACGAGCAGAUCGGCAGCUGGCCCUCGUUGACUAGUGCACAGGAAGAUUAUAACACGCUACUCGGCCUACUCCCGCCUACUUCAUCACAAGUCGCUGAAAUCAAGCGGACACUCCAGUUGCUCAAACCCCGUCUAGAAGCAGCUCAGAAACAAGAGACUGCGGAGAUGAUGGAUAAACUGAAAGGCCUUGGAAACAAUAUCUUAGGUACCAUUUCGCCCUUCACUUAUAUGCAUGUCCCUCACAUUCUUUCUAGGUAA